UACCCAGGCGAACCCCGCGCUUCAUUGCACAACAGCGCCAGAGGUGUAGACGAACCCGAUGGCUCCACGCUUACGCACACGGUUGUUGGUCGCCACCACUACUCCGACGGAAGGAUGCACGCGGACGUCGAGAAGCGACGGUCUCGGUACACCACCACGACCCACAUCGGAGGCGGUGUCCGCAUCGACGGCCACUACACUCCCCUCCUCGCCCCGUAACCGAUCCAUGGCGACCGGCAUGGUUUCCUCCCAAGGGAACGUGGAGAAUUUGCAAGAGAGUCCCACCGCGACGACGACGUCCCCGGAAGAAUCGGCCCUCGCCCGCACCACGACGGCGGUCCUUCCGCAGUCUCCUCCAACGACCACGCGAGUCACGCCCCAGAAGGAAACGUCCCCGCUGUCAACCACGGAAUCCAUCCAAAGUCCGGAAACACUCCUCCACAAAGACUCGCGUGACGCUACGAAAGCACCAAUCGUCUUUCAACGCACAAUGUCCAGUUUUAUUCGGGUCGCUGACUUGAAGCUUGACGAUGGGACGAUUUAUACGGACGAAGACGAAGACUUGUUGUCGGACGACGAUGCGGUGCCCAAUUUCCACACUACGUCGGUCGACCCCCCGCCCGGAGUCAUCCUGGAUCCGAAGGAACGUUGGGUUGCGUUGGACGACGGCACCGGCCGACACGCCCCCAUUGCACCCCACGUCGUUCGCGCACUCGCCAACGUGGGCAAAUCCUACGCCUUUGAUCAGACGCUCUGGACUCCCGACGGGAAAACGGCCAAGGUUGUCAAGCACAACGCGCCGGGAUGGCACACGCAAACGUGGCGGACCGACGGGGUUUGGGAUUGUCAACAGUGUGUUUCCGAGGACGUACUCGUGUGGUCCGGAGUCUUCCCCACCGGAUUUUACGGCAGUGAUCUACCGGCCGUGCGAUCCGCUUCCGUCAUUAAUAUGUCACCACAGGACUUGGUGGAUUUGUUAUUGGACUCCUCGCGAGUCCAGGAGUACAACAAACUCAGUUUGGGACGCAUUGAUUUGCUCACGUUGCAAGCCACCAUGGAGGACGGUCCGUUUGGCGGGAUUACCAAAGUCAUGCGCAGUGAAAGCAAACCACCGCUGGUACGCAAGACUCUCCAGUUUACCAGUAUCUGCCACGUUCGCAAGCUGGCCGACGAUUCCGGCUACAAGAUUGUGUCCCGCGCGGUCACGAUGCCGACCGCCGCGGACCAGCAAUCCACCAGUGGGAUUGGUGCGGUCGGCCCCGUCAUGCACAGCGAAAUUUUGCUCGGCGUCAAUAUACUGAAACGGAUCGAAGGGGCGCCGAAUCAAACGGGACUGGUAACGGUCAACCACAUUCGAUCCCCCAUGGUACCCAUGAUGAUUGCCAAACGUAUCGGCUUGCAGGCUUCGUACAACUUUGUACACGAUUUGCGGCAAUGCUGUUGA